CCUUCCUGCCAUUCAUUUUGAUCCCCUCCCUUUACAACAACCACCCUGACACAUUACUACAUUCUCUCCAUAUAUAUCUGCACCUCCAUCUCCAUUCUUCAGUACUCUAAUCAUCAAUUCGAAGAAAUGGACGGGGUGGUGGUUUACAGGCGAUCGGCGUCGAGGCUGACGAUCGGAGCUCACUUGUUCGGGGUGUUGGCGAUUGUUCUGAUGCUGAUAUGGUUGCUGCACUACCGCGGCGGCAUUGAGUACGACUCCGACAACCCGGCCCGCGUCUUCAAUGUUCAUCCUUUCCUCAUGUUCUGCGGCUUCAUCUUCCUCGUUGGUCAAGCAAUGAUGGCAUACAAAACCGUGCCGGCAGCCAAACAAGCACAAAAGGUAGUACACAUGAUGUUACACUUAGUCGGCAUAGCUCUCGGCAUCGUCGGAAUAGCCGCCGUGUUCAGAUUCCACGACAUGAUAGGCGCAGAAGACAUGGUCAGCCUCCACUCAUGGAUUGGGCUCACAACCUUCAUCAUGCUGGGCCUCCAAUGGCUGUUGGGCUUGGUCUCCUACAUGUUCCCCAAGGCAAGCCUGGAGACGAGGUCCAGAAUGAUGCCGUGGCACAUAAGUUUCGGCAGGGCGCUUCUGUAUAUGGCCGUUGCGGCGGCGCUCACGGGGCUCAUGCAGCGAGAAACGCUUCUGAACCUCCGUGGACACGCCGAGGCCCGGCUCAUCAACUUUACCGGGCUUUGUAUCUUGCUCUUUGGAAUUUUUGUCGAUCUCUCGGUGGCCAUGGCUCACCAUGCCUGACCGGCCGGCGAGUGUUUCCGGCGGGCAGUUUGUUUGUUUGUUUUCAUGGAAUUUUCGACCCAAAUUGAAUGUGUGUGUGAGUGUCACAGCCGGGGUGGAGAGUCUCGAGAACUCGACGGAAUAGCAAUGGCGAUUUCCUUUGCGGCGGAAUGUUUGGAGAUGCUGGGCUGGAGGGAAAGGUUGUUACGCAGCUGAAUGGUAAAGUAAGAGAGAGAGAUAGAAGAGAGAGAUA